AUGGCUGAUUUUGCAAAGACAAUAUUUGGAUUUAGUUCAUUAAAGAAGGAUGAUGAACAAUCCAAGAUUUUCCCAAAGAAUUUGGCCAAUACUACACCAACAACAGCUAUAACUGAUAAUUCCUUAGUAUAUGGUACAACAUCCAAUAAUAAUGAAGAAUUUACCAAAACUUUCAAACAACAAAAUAAUUUCCAAUUAAAUUCUAAUUUCAACCAAAAUAAUGAAAAUCACAAUCAUCUUCAUAAUGUUCCAACUUUUCAAAGUACUAUCACAUCACCGGAUGGGGAUCCCGUGAUCAUUACCACUGAUGAAACUGGUCAAACAAUGAAUCAAUCAAAUCCCGCACCUAAAGGGAAAUUAAAAGUUACCAUAUUAGAAGCCAAUAAUUUACUUAUUCAUUCUCCAAAUAGUCAACCUUAUGUUGUUUGUACAUUUGAAAGUUCAGAAUUUGUUACCAAUGCUCCAGGAUCAUUUUCAAAAAGUCCAAUGGUCAAGAAUAAUCUUCAUUCUAACCAUACAAAUUCUAAUCCUCGAAAUUUAUAUCAAAGACAAUCAUCAUCAAAUCAUUUAACAAUGUCAGAUUAUUCUGUAGGUGUAACAAAUCCUAUUUGGAAUCAUGAAGCAAUGUUUGAUGUAGUAGGAAAUAAAUCUGAAAUUGACAUUUCUAUUUAUGAUGCUGCUACUGAUGAUUCUUUCUUGGGCCAUGUAAGAAUACAACCUUUCAAUUAUUCUAAUAGAUCAGGCAAUUGGUUCAAUUUAUCAUCUAGAGUCAUUGGUGAAAGAGUAAGUGGAUCAAUCAAAAUCAAAUGGGAAUACACCAGUAUUAUUGCUAAAACUUAUGGACCUGAAGAUUUCGAAAUCUUAAGAUUGUUAGGUAAAGGUACCUUUGGAAGAGUUUAUCAAGUUAAGAAAAAGGACAAUAAUAGAAUUUAUGCCAUGAAAGUUUUGAGUAAGAAAGUGAUCGUUAAAAAGAAAGAAAUUGCCCAUACCAUCGGAGAACGUAAUAUUUUAGUUAGAACUUCAGCUGCUCAAUCACCUUUCAUCGUUGGAUUAAAAUUUUCAUUCCAAACUCCAACAGAUUUAUAUUUAGUCACAGAUUAUAUGAGUGGAGGUGAAUUAUUUUGGCAUUUACAAAAAGAAGGUAGAUUUCCUGAAGACAGAGCUAAAUUUUAUAUUGCUGAAUUAGUUUUGGCUUUAGAACAUUUACAUGACAACGAUAUAGUUUAUAGAGACUUGAAACCGGAAAAUAUCUUGUUGGAUGCCAAUGGUCAUAUUGUAUUAUGUGAUUUCGGAUUAUCAAAAGCAAAUUUAAAUAAUGAUGGUACGACUAACACAUUUUGUGGUACAACUGAAUAUUUGGCUCCAGAAGUAUUAUUGGAUGAAUCAGGUUAUACUAAAAUGGUUGAUUUCUGGUCUUUAGGUGUAUUAAUCUUUGAAAUGUGUUGUGGUUGGUCACCAUUCUAUGCUGAAAAUACUCAACAAAUGUAUAAAAAUAUCGCUUUUGGGAAAGUCAGAUUUCCAAAAGAAAUCUUAAGUCCUGAAGGUAGAUCUUUCGUUAAAGGAUUAUUAAACAGAAAUCCAAAACACAGAUUAGGUUCCAUUAAUGAUGCUAGAGAAUUAAAAGCUCACCCAUUCUUUAAUGACAUUGAUUGGGAAUUAUUAAAGAUAAAAUCCAUCCCCCCACCUUUUAAACCUCAUUUAUCAUCAGAAACUGAUACUUCAAAUUUCGAUCCGGAAUUUACUAAUGAAUCAACUUCAGUAUUGAAAAAACAAAUGGAAUUGGCUUCAACUCCUUUGAGUCCUGGAAUUCAAGCUAAUUUCAAAGGUUUUACUUAUGUUGAUGCAUCAGCAAUGGAUGACCAUUUCGGUAAAUCUCACAGAAUGAACACUUUCAAGAAUCCUGGUUCAUUUAUACCUGGUAAUCCUAAUUUACCACCAGAUGAAGAUGUUAUCGAUGAUGAUCAAAUUGAUGAAGAGGAUGAAGAUGAAAUGGAAAUUGAAGAAGAUGAAGAAUUUAUCAACGGGAGAUUUGAUUUGUAA